AUGGCCAGUACAGACUCCUUGCUGCUCAAAUCCCUAGACCCAGACAACAAGGUGGAGCUGGACUGCUGGUUUGAUGAAGAGUUCAAGUUCAUCCUGCUGCCUGUGAGCUAUGCAGUUGUCUUUGUGCUAGGCAUGGGCCUCAACGCCCCGACCCUCUGGCUCUUCCUCUUUCGCCUCAGACCUUGGGAAGCAACAGCCACAUAUAUGUUUCACUUGGCAUUGUCAGACACCUUGUAUGUUCUGUCGCUGCCGACCCUCAUCUACUAUUACGCAGCCCGCAACCACUGGCCCUUCGGCACCGGGCUCUGCAAGUUUGUGCGCUUUCUCUUCUACUAGAACCUCUACUGUAGUGUCCUUUUCCUCACUUGCAUCAGCGUGCACCGCUACCUGGGCAUCUGCCACCCGCUGCAGGCACUAUGUUGGGGCCGCCCGCGACUCGCAGGCCUUCUCUGCCUGGCGGUCUGGUUCAUCGUAGCUGGCCGCCUCAUGCCCAGUCCGUUCUUUGUCACGACCAGCACCAAGGGGGCCACCAUCCUGUGCCAUGACACCACUCAGCCUGAGGAGUUUGACCACUAUGUGCACUUCAGUUCUGCAGUCAUGGGACUGCUCUUUGGCGUGCCCUGCUUGGUCACUCUGGUCUGCUAUGGGCUCAUGGCCCGGCGCCUGUAUCGGCCCCUGCCGGGGGCUGCCCAGUCAUCUUCUCAUCUCCGUUCCCUCCGCACCAUCACUGUGGUGCUGACUGUCUUUGCUCUCUGCUUUGUACCUUUCCACAUCACCCGCACCAUUUAUUACAUGGCAAGGCUGAUGGAAGCUGACUGCCAGGUGUUGAACAUUGUCAACGUGGUCUACAAAGUGACUCGGCCCCUGGCCAGUGCCAACAGCUGCCUGGAUCCUGUGCUCUACCUGCUCACUGGGGACAAGUAUCGACAUCAGCUCAGGCAGCUCUGCAGUAGUGGGGGGGGGGUGCAGCCCUCCAUGGCUGCCUCCUCUUUGGCACUUGUGUCCCUGCCUGAGUAUAGCAGCUGCAGGUUGGGGGUGACCCCCCAAGACAGCACCUGCCCAACCCCUAGGGCAGAUAGAUGGAAGCUAGGAAGUGAGAGAAAAGGAGGUGAGUGCAGGGCAGAGGUGAAGGAAUCUCACAGGGACACCUGAAAAGGCUGUUUCUUCCUGUUUCCCAGGCUCUGGCCAGUUUAGGGGGAGGCAGGGAAAUCCUGUGUGACACCCAUCUCUUGUAAACACCUUGGU